CAAACAAAUCGCAGUCAUCGAGAAAACAAACACAGCAGUGCCACUCUACUACAUUUGUUCAUUGAUUCUCUGCUUGCAAUGUCCCACCGGAACCUUACAGAACUCUUCCAUAUGCUGCGAAAUAAUGCCACGCACAGUCGAAACGUAGGAUACGAAAAUAACUCGGACAGCGAAACGCUUCUGGGGUCGCCGGGAAGAACCAGCUUUCAGCCACGAUGGAUUGGAAAGUACGAUGAGGCAAACUAUCUGCUAUUCAAAAUACAGGAACGUGUGGACGAAGUGAAGAAACUGCAGUCCGCAGAAGUGCGGGCGGUGCUAAGCGACGAAAGCGCUCACAAUCGCGGCAUGAUGGAAGCUUACAUGGUGGAGAUUAAAACGCUGAUCUGUACAUGCCACGAAAAUGUUAAAUCAUUACAAAAAACGGUACACGGCACCGAAGAGAUGAUGGUGCAAAACAUUCAGAAGCACUUUCUCUACGUGCUGCAAGGCUUGACGGGACAGUACCGAUACCUGCAGACGAAUAAAUCCUUACACCGCGGCAUGGCGCAAGACGAUCACUUGACCGAAGUACACUUGGAUGAUGAUUCUACCGCGGCCAGUUCAUCGGCUGCCACAGUAAACCUCGGUUCACGUAAUUCGGUCGAUACGUUCGACAAUUUUCUGCAGCUACAGACGGAUGCAACAGACGCGGAUGAUCAACAGCUUUUAGAUGAUUUCUUUCAACUUCCUGCUACUGGGCUCACGAUCAACCAGAAACAGAUAAUGUUGCUACAGGCCGACAACACAAAGAUGUUAAAAAGCCGCGAGGACGAGGUGCUACGUAUGACAAACUCUAUCACUGACCUGAAUGUCAUUUUUAAAGACAUAUCGCAGUUGAUACAGGAACAGGGAACGGUGCUCGAUCGGAUCGAUUACAAUAUCGAGUCGGCUCAAGUUCGAGUUAGUGAUGGGCUACGCCAGCUGCAGAAAACGGAAGCAUUCCAGCGAAAGAAUCACAAAAUGCACUGCAUAUCGUUUUUGGCGGUGAUGAUUAUGAUUAUGAUAAUGCUUAUCGUUUUCACCAAGUUGUAAAUAGCCACUACGGC